AUGUUUGUUAGACUCUUUGUUCUGUUUUGUGCGCUCGCACUUGGCACACUCGCCGAUAGACAUCACUUUUGCUGGUGCAACAGCGAGCAAGUGCCGGACCACGACCUCUGCUUAACGCAAGCCGCUUGCAACUAUUAUCCGCAAGACAAGUUCUUCGGCGUGCACUACGGCGACCCGAAUGCGCCAACAAUUUCCAAGAUGAACUUCAAGAAGCAAGAGUGCUAUGGCACGCGCGCGUGGCCCAUCAUCCCGCACCCUUUCCUCGGAGGCAACGAAUUUGAAGAUGCGUGUUACGCUGCCGCGGCGGAUCCCGCCGUCGUCAAUGCGACGGGAAAUAUGCUAAGAUGCGCCCUGACGCGACGCGUCUUGAUCAUCAACAAAUAUUUCAGCACUGGCAAUAUGGGGAAAAAGCGCGGUCUUGAUAAAAUCAAAGGUGAAAGCGAGCCCUCCGAAUGGAAUUGGAAGGAGGCAGAUAAUUACAUCGAACGGAAUCGCGACCAGCUUGCAAUCGAACAACGAAGGGACAUUCGCAUGUACUAUGUUAUCUACGCCGGGAAAACAUGUGGCAUAUUUAAGAACUGGGCAGGCCCUGGUGGUGCUCAAGAGCAGACGGGAGGAGGAGUGCGAAGCAAAAGCAUUUCAGCGUCAACCUGGGAGAUAGCCAUGCAACUUCUUCGUGAAGGUUUCGCUAGGGAAUCCAUGGCGGGACAUUUGCCGCGUUCGCCAACAAAACCUCAACGCACUGCUGCUGGGUCUUCUGUCAAGGCUGGAAAUGGCUUCCCGAGCGAAGCCUCGUCAAGCAAGCGCCCGCGUCUGAAUAAUCCUUCUAAGUACCCUGAAAGUUCUCACGACGCGUUUGUCGCAUCGGCAAACAACGAAUUACGAGGUGAAAAGAGCUUUGAUGAGGAGGAUGAGGUCGCACCGCCACCGCCGCCCGAGCUACCACCCCUCUGUCCAGAACAACAACGCGCGCUAGAGCUGGCGAUUAACGGAGAAAAUCUGUUCAUUACUGGAUCGGGUGGUUGCGGCAAAUCCCGUCUAGUAAAGGCUCUCUACGACACUCUCACAGCCUAUGGAAAGACCGUUCACUUACUUGCACCCACAGGCCAAGCAGCGGUCAAUAUUGGAGGAAGGACGAUCUUUUCAUACAUUGGAUGGCGGCCUGACGACCUCGGCCUGGCCAACAGCACACUUGUCGCGAAGGCACGAAGGAAACACAUUUUCUCCCGGAUCAAGUCCACUGAGGUUCUCAUUAUUGAUGAGAUCAGCAUGGUCGAGAGACAAGUGUUCGAGAGGCUCAGCUACGUUCUAAGCGUGAUUCGACGAGGUCGAUACGAACCAUCGGCACACGGUGCCUUCGGGGGCGUUCAGAUCAUUACUGUUGGUGACUUCUGCCAACUGCCCCCCGUGAAACCAUUCAAAUAUUGCUCCUUCGAGAUGUUCGAUGAAGAAACCAAGAUCCCUUAUUCAUGCGGGUUAAUGGAAACGUCGGACGAUCUGCUGCAUUAUUGCCCUCGGGACAAGAGCCACGGUCAGUUCAAAGAUUGCGAAAAGUGGGCUUUCAAGUCUGACGCCUGGCAUCAUUGCACAUUCAAAAACAUACACUUGACCACGAUACAUCGGCAAAAAGACGAGGGCUUCGUACGAAUGCUUCAGAACAUUCGUAGAGGCCACGUUGAUGAUGAUGAACUUGACCUUCUUUUGGAGAAGCGCAGGGUUGAUGGUAAUGGGACAUUUUUGUUCAGCCACAAAAAUGAUGUCAAGAAUCACAAUGACGCGAAGCUCAAAUCCCUCGAUGGCAAAGAAGUACAAUAUCAGUGCCUCGAUCAUACACAACCCAUCGGCGACAGAAAGAACAAACGCGACGAUGAGGACAAAUCUCGAUCUCAAUCGCUCGGCGAUGAUGACGAUAGACAUCGAUAUCACAAAUGCUUGGAGAUGAAAGUCAAUAUGCCUGUCAUCUUACUUUCUAAUAUCGAUGUGGAGAAAGGUCUUUGUAACGGCAGCCAAGGCACGGUCAUUGGUUUCGUACCGCGUCUGGAGGACGACCUCAAGGAUCCAAAUCCCAAACAUUACAAGGGCGAUCAGGUUGGCUACGAUUUAGCGAAAGCACGUUGCAAGCAAAUCGGAGUCUUCAAAGCGAAUCUGGACACGAAACUAUACCCCGAAGUUCGGUUUUCCAAUGGCGAACGCCGCGUUAUCGGCCCUGAUUGCAGCUUUCACAAUGUUGUUACUUGUUGGAAAGAGAUUGAUGGUGAAGUUCGGUUGGCUUUGGAGUCAUUCUCGGUAAGAACUCAAAUACCACUCGUCCCAGGUUGGGCUAUGACCAUCCAUAAGAGCCAAAGUCUUUCACUUGAUCGCGUAACCGUCGACCUCGAAAGUGCCUGGGAUGGGAGAUUGAUAUAUGUUGCGCUCAGCAGGGCUCGUUCGCUCCAAGGUCUCUGCGUGAAAGGAAGCAGAAGUAAAUUCAGGGAGAAUCUCUCACUUGACCCUGAAGUGGAGAGGUUCGUGAGAGACAUUGAAGAGCGAAAGCAGGACGAGAUCAUAUGA